CUGGGUGAGUUUCACUGCAACAAACACUGUGGUUCAUACUACAGACUGUCUGUACAGCAGAGCAAACCACACACCAGCCUACCAUACAGGAAGGAGCAGCUGCCAGCGCAGACUGAAAUCCUGUUUAUUGUGCUGAUGUGACAACAGGAGCGUGUGAGGAAGCUGCUGUCGGGAGCUGAACUGCAGGUCGGCGCAGUUGGUGUUCAUUUGGAUGAUAUAUAGGCUACGGCUGGUCAUGGAUUAUUGGUGUCCGUCUUCACCGCUUUGGAUUUAGUAAAGACACUACACAACCCUGCGCCUCUUUCCGCCUCUCCUCCCCGGUGAAGUGAGUGCGCCAAGAACAGGUGGAUCCUGUUUCUGUGCUCGGCUUUAUCCACCUUCGUCCACCUUUCACCUUUAUGGGGAACCAGGUGGAGAAACUAACGCAUUUAAAUUACGCAGAGGUGCCAACGUCUGACCCAAAUGGGUUCGACCCGGACGACGACGGACCGCGCAUCGGCGUCUCUUACAUUUUCUCCAACGACGACGGCGACGACGACCAGGACGACAAUUUGAACCACUUUUCAUCGGUCAACCACACGGUAAACCAUGUAGAGAAGCCCUUCGACCCACAGGACGAGCUGGAGUGCGCGAUUUACUACCGAGAGGAGUGCGUCUACGAGAGAAACAGCGGAACCGCGACUCACUCCGCAGAAAGUCUCCUGAACAAUUGCAGACCAGGAGACCUGCUGGAGUUUGUGGCCACUGGACAGUAUCCACAUUGGGCUGUUUACGUCGGGGACUUCCAGGUGGUUCAUUUGCACAGGGCUGAGAUAAAGAACAACUUUCUCACCGACGUGAGCCAGGGCAAAAAAGGCAGGAUAGUGAACGGCCUCUAUAGGUACCGUGCGCUCCCGCCGGAGGUGAUUGUGCGCAACGCCCUGGACCACGUUGGGUCGAGAGACAGAGAGCUGUACUGGAGAAACUCUGAGUGUUUUGCUGCCUGGUGCCGCUUUGGCAAACGGGAGUUCAAAAUCGGAGGGGAGAUAAGGAUAGGAAAGCAGCCCUACAGGUUAAAAUUACUCUUUUCAGAGAAGAAGAGUCACGUCCUGGAGUUUCAGAGCCUGGAGGACGUGAUCAUGGAAAAGAGGAGGAACGAUCAGAUUGGCAAAGAUGCUGUGAUGCAAGAGCUGGCCAACCACCUGAACGCAACACAUGAAAUCAAAGAGGAGCAUUUUGUCAACUGAAAGUGGAUGCUCUGGUCAUCUGGUGCGGAUUUGAGCUUUAGGUUAAAGGAGAUGUUCAAUGGAAAAUUUUCAUGCUUAAAAACAAAGCAUGUGUGUUGUGGAGGGAGCAUUUAUCCUUCCAGUCAACCAAUAAGAGCUCUGUCUGUGGGCUUGGGUGCACGUGCCACACUGCAAACAGACGUGCAUCUUCAGAGAGUUAAUAUUCGUCUUAAAGAUCUUUCUUUUCUCCAAAAUGAGAGGGAAAGCCCUGACAUCUGGCACUUGUUUCAUUCUCAAGUGCAUUAGCAAAGCAGAUCACAAAGGUCAAAACAAGUUGAUUUGCAUUGGUAACAAGUGAAAAUUGCACGGCGGCAAAUUUCCUCCCUCCUUCGAAGAAAUAUGAGAUUUUACUCACUCAACCCAAGAUUAAGUGACUUGUUAUGAUGGAUACAUUUGCAUUGGAGCUGCACCUGCAGUCUAAUCAUGUGGGGAUGAAGUCAGAAUUUAAUUGCCCAUAAUUAUCUUUCUAAUCCAAUGAAUCUUUGCACAGAGGAGCAACACCUCUCCAAUGUACUUGUACCUGACGAGAGUGCUGAAAGCGUUUGCUCCUGUACAACUCAGGUGUUGGAGAUCAAUACAGAGUGGAAAAGAGAUGACUACUUGCUUUUAUUAUUGUGUGUCAACCUUGAGGAAUCCAUUGUGUUGCUUUCUAUCCAAUCAUCAUCAUCACAGCUUUACCCACUCUUUGACUACAUUGUGGACAAUGUUCACAACUAUGACUGUGCACUUUUAUUGAUUCAUCCGUUUCAACAGUUUAUUUUUUUGAAAACAAAGAUGUUUGUAUGAAGGAAUAUGGAAAUAAAUAUAUAUUUGAACAGUAA